CCGGGAAUGCGCUCCGCCGGGUCCGCCCGCAAUAGCGGCCCGGCCCGGCCCGCGCAGGAUCCGCACUCGGAACCGGAAGAGUCGGCGCGGAGGGCACCAGCCAGGAAGAUGUCUUUCAACUCAUCUUGCCAGGAAGGCCAGGAAAAUGAAGAGGCAUUUUUGAGAGCACAGGAGUCACGGGCCGGCAGUGUGGCUCCAGACGACUUGUUUCUCAGCUUGCGUUUGGCGUCUCAAGAUGUCCUCCGAAGAGCUCAGGGCCGGGGCAGGGCCCAGUGUCCCCGGUGCCGCAGUUCCAGGAUGCUGUACUGCUACACGUGCUGCGUGCCGACCAUUCCCGCGGAGGAAAUUCCAGUCGUGAAGCUCCCGCUGAAGAUCGACAUCAUUAAACACCCUCAUGAAACUGAUGGUAAAAGUACUGCUGUUCAUGCGAAACUCCUAGCACCCGAAGAUGUUCAUAUCUACACUUACCCUUGUAUCCCAGAAUAUGAAGAACAACAGCAUGAAAUUGUACUUGUUUUCCCUGGUCCUAAUUCCAUCUCUGUAGAAGAUAUUCCUCUCCACCUGCAAAAGUAUAUUCAAAAUCCUGCUUCCAGGAAUGGUGCACCUGAGUCAACCAUGCGAGCUAUUAAGCGCAAAAAGAUUGAAAUCCGAGAGGACCAGGAGUCUAGUGGAUGCAACGGGAGAGAAGGCAGAAUGCUGAAGAAAAUCAUAUUUAUAGACAGUACCUGGAACCAGACCAACAAAAUCAUUACUGAUGAGCGACUUCAAGGGCUGCUCCAGGUGGAGCUGAGAACCAGGAGGACCUGCUUUUGGCGCCACCAGAAAGGGCAGCCCGACACAUUCCUGUCCACCAUUGAAGCCAUUUACUACUUCCUGGUCGACUACCACACAGAUGUUCUAAAGGAGCGAUACACAGGGCAGUAUGACAACCUCCUGUUUUUCUACUCAUUCAUGUACCAGUUGAUAAAGAAUGCCAAGAGUUCCAGAGGAAAGAAGCAAGAAAAAGUAGCCACUAAUGUGUAAACGGCCAGGUUGAAUUCCAUUUGAAUUAAUUUUUAUAUGCUCUGAUAAACUAGUAAUGUGCCUCGGUA